AUGGAGGCUUACACUGCUUACAAGGAAGGGCGUCGUGAUGAAGCAGCUAUAAAAUAUUUAUUCCUAGCCGAACUUGGAUAUGAGCCGGCACAAACAAAUAUCGCAUAUAUUUUGGAUAGAGGUUAG